CGACACGCGGCGCGCCUGCGCACUGCUUUCCCAUGUGGGCUCGGGCCGUCAGCAGGCUUUCCUGAGCAGGGUACCGAGACCCCAUCGGUAACAGGAACUUGCCCCUAGCUCAGCAGCCGCCACCGUCCUGCUGUUGCCCUCCUCUCUCGGCCUUUCCCCCGCAGCGCACAUCGCCAUGGGCAAGAGCCGGACGAAGCGCUUCAAGCGACCUCAGUUCUCCCCUACAGGCGACUGUCAGGCCGAAGCGGCAGGGGCGGCGAACGGGACUGAGGGAGAGGAGGAUGACGGGCCAGCGGCGGAGCUGCUAGAAAAGCUCCAACACCCGAGCGCCGAGGUCCGCGAGUGCGCCUGCGCGGGGCUGGCCCGGCUGGUGCAGCAGCGGCCCGCGCUGCCGGGCUUGGCGCGUCGGGACGCGGUGCGCCGCCUCGGGCCGCUGCUGCUGGACCCCAGCCUGGCAGUGAGGGAGACGGCGGCCGGCGCGCUGAGAAACCUCAGUGCUUGUGGAGGUUUUGACGUUUGUGAUGACAUGGUGACUAAGGAUAUCAUGACCCCUCUGGUUGCACUGCUGAAAGAGUGUAGUGCUGGCCUGGAUUCAAAUGAGAUGUCUCCACAGGAAAAAAAAGAUCAGAACAGAAAUUCUAUUGAGAACAUAGCCAAUGAGGCCAUGAAUGUGCUGUGGAAUAUAUGUGAAUGCAGUAGUAGAGCAGUAUCUAUAUUCAACAAAGAAGGGUGUUUGGAGAUUGUAUUAAAGUAUUUAAGUAGGUUUCCCACCAAUGUUGACCUGGCUAUUUCAGUAGCAUAUUGUUUGCAGACAGUGACCGAAGAUAACCCAGAGCUGCUGAAAUCUUUCAGUGCCCCAGCAUUGAGUGUACUGGAAUCAGCAAUGCUUUCUCCUGUCAGUUCCAUGGAGUAUAUUCUAUUAAAGACAUUGGUGGCAGGCACCAUUUGGAACCUAAAGGACAUCAUUCCAUCCAAGAGUCAGGCAGAAAUCAUAAAUGCCAUACUGAAGAUCUUGUCUGACGUUCUGGACCUGGACGCUGGUGAGACGGUAAUUCGAAUGCAUGAGGCCGAAAAGCAGAGGUUAGAAGCUGCCGCAGAGACGGAGGACGUGCUGGAGAGCACCAGCUAUGGCUCUCUGAUGGAAGACGAUGAAAUGGAAGAGAUCCCGCACAAAAGAAAAGUCAGAAGGAAAACCUUCAUUUCCGAUUUGCUUCCACCCACUGACAAGGAACUGAGAGAGACCAUAGCAUUGUUGACGGCUCAGCAGACUGCUCUGGAAAUUAUCGUCAACAUGUGCUGCAGUGAAGAUCCCUCCGAUGAUGAGUGGGAAGAGCUUUCUAGCAGUGAUGAGAGCGAUGCAUUUAUGGAGAAUUCCUUCAGUGAGUGCGGUGGGCAGCUGCUGUCUCCCCUUUGCCUCUCCCAUGAGGUUCACACCGCAUUCACCAACUACCUCAUCCCAAAGAAGAUUUUUGAGAAAACUACCUUUCCAAACAGCACUGCAGUUGACAUAUGUUCUAGGAGUCCCACUUGGAAAUCUUUGGUCAGAAAAAUGAACACUGUUCAGUGCAGAGCCCUCGUGUGUCUCCAGAGUCUUGUAUCCCUCCUGGAUGUGGACCAUCUCGGGGGACCUGCAGCCCUGCAGACACUUGCACAGCAUCUGUCCCAGCUGCUUUUUUCUCAGCCAGAUUUUGCUAAGCAUGUUGACUUUCUAGAAGCCAUAAGUAGUGCCUUGAGGGCCCUUUUGCAAACAAUGGCCUCCAAGAACAUUUCUCAGUGUAUGACUCCCGACCAGUUGAUGACACUAUGCACAGCCGGCAUUCAUAGUAGUAAUACUGGGGUUAGAGUAAACGUUGUUAGUAUUUUAGGAAUCACGGGCAGCGUCCUUGCCAAAGAAGAUGGAACACUGGAAACUCUUAAGACCAUUGGGUGCUUUCUGCUUGAAGUUGCCACCAAAGAUCCCUCCCUCGUGGUGGCAGGAGAAGCCUUGGAUGCUCUCUUCGAUGUUUUCGCAGAUGGUAAAGAAGCUGAAAGGGCCUCAGUUCAGAUUAAAUUGUUAUCUGCUCUGAAGGAAUUCCAGCCAGUCUUCAAAAUGAAGAUACGAAAAGAAGGGAGAGGUAAAUACAGUCCAGAUCAGCUGUGUGUUCUCGACAAUGUGAAGAUGAAUUUGAGAAGGUUUGUCGCUUAUCAAGAAACUGUUGAGAAAAGACUGACUACUUGAACCAUUGAAAGAGACCAGUUCUCGCCCCAAGUGUUCAAUGCUAAAGAGUACUAAAGUAUUUCCUUGGAGUGUGUGUUUCUAAAAGUCAUUUUUUAAAUCCCCGUAUCCUGUACAUUCAUUUGAAGUUUUAAAAACUUCAAAACCUGUCAGAAACUCUUUUAAGCCUUGGGAUCUCUGUGGCAUUUCUAGUAUUCUCUAAAUUAUGUUUCCAGCAUGUUUUAAUCACUGGAAACAUGAAUAGUAGAAACAGAAAGGAAUCUCAGGUGGUUCUUCGUGAGCAGCAAAGAACCUUCCAAACAAUCAUGGUUUCCUGGAAUUUUGCAGGAAAGGAACAUCCAAAGCAUUGCUUGGAUGCUCUUUUAAGCAA